UCAAGCUAUGGGCCUGUCUGAGCUAAAAGACGGGAGGUUAGGCUGAUAUCCUCUCGAAAUCAAGGGUCUCCAAAUGGAUAGUGGGUGGUAAACCUUCGCGAAUAUAGCCUACAAAAUCAGACAUGGCUUUGCCCGGGAUCAUUGCGGUAGCGUUGUUCUCCGGGCUGCUCGUGAUUCAGCCAACGCCGACGUUAGCAUGGGACGCAGACCUGGAGCUUUUCGACCUAGUGGAGGAAAUCCCUCAAACAUUUUACGAGUUCCUGUCGGUUAAUCAGGAUGCAUCCUCUUCUGAGAUCAGGAAGGCAUAUAGAAAGCUUUCUCUUAUUUUGCACCCUGAUAAAAACAAAGAUGAAAAUGCAGAAAACCAGUUUCGACAGUUAGUUGCCAUCUAUGAAGUUCUCAAGGACGAGGAAAGAAGGCAAAGAUAUGAUGACAUCUUGGUUAAUGGGCUGCCAGAUUGGAGACAGCCUGUCUUCUACUACCGACGUGUUAGGAAGAUGAGCAAUGGAGAGUUGGGCUUCCUCCUCUUCCUCAUCCUGACCGUGGGUCACUAUGCGGUUAUAUGGUCCAUCUACCUUGAAAAGCAGUUAGAUGAACUUCUGAGCAGGAAGAAGAGGGAGAAGAAAAAGAAGCAAACCAGCAAAAUGACAGAUGAGAUGAAGCCUUUGGCUCAGGACAAAAAUGAGAGAUCUGACAGGCCACACUGGCAUGACAUUUUACCUCUCAAAUUAAGCAUCUGGUUGUAUUAUUCAAUAAAGUCUCUCCCUCAUAUCAUACAGGAUGUGAAGCAGUAUUAUAAAGAUUAUAAGGAAAUGAAAGUAAAGGAGAAGGAAGAGGCAGAAGCUCUGGCAGAACAGGAAAUGCAGCAGAAAGAAAAACGGCCCAAAGUGAAAAAAACGAAAGUGGAGUUUCCAGUCUAUGAACCCAGUGCAAAUGCAGCUUUCGCUCUAGCAUAUGAUCAAGGAACAUCUAUUGAAGAAAUUGAAGAUCAGAUGGAUGACUGGUUGGAAGACAAAAAACAGCUGAAGAAGAAAACACAAGAGUGGACAGAGGAUGAUCACAGUCAGCUCUCCCGUUGUAUGGCCAAGUUUCCCGGUGGAACACCAGGACGGUGGGAGAAGAUAGCUCAUGAAUUGGGCAGAUCAGUGUCUGAGGUGACUGCAAAAGUCAAGCAAAUCAAGGACUGUGUCACCAAUACAUCGGGGUUAGUGAAGUUCUCUGAACUGAAAGGUGGUGCGGUGAUUGGAAAAAGCUCCAAAGCCAUUACAGUGCCGGACAGUCUGAUGACCCAGAGAGAGGAGCCUGUAGAGCAGCCGCUGGAGGAUUCAGGAGAGCCCGAAGACUCCGAGAGCAAGGCACUCAGAAGACGGGCUAAAAAGUCUGCAUCCGGGAGCACUGGAGCAGCGGAGGAGAGGAUGAAAGGGCGCAGACAAAGAGACUUCGACCCUACAGCUGUGGAUGAAGACAGUGAAUAUGAGAAGAAACCAUCAGCUCCCAAAGAAAAAGCUGGUGCUGCUGAAGACGUCUGGACACAGAACCAGCAGAAGCUCUUGGAGCUGGCUUUACAGCAAUACCCACGUGGCACCACUGAACGCUGGGACAAGAUUGCUAAAGUGGUGCCUGGAAAAACCAAGGAGGAGUGCAUGUGCCGUUUCAAACUGCUGGCAGAGUUGAUUCAGAAACGGAAGCAGGCCAAGAGUUGACUGCUGCUCUUCAGUGUUUCACCAUACCUCUCACCUGCUUUUAUGUGCCUUAAUGCGACCCUUUGUCCUGUUGUGAGACUACGUGCCAUGAAACAUCAGCAUUAAUCAUUGAAGAGAUCUAAAUGCACAUUUAAAAAGGUUUUAUUUAUUUUAGAAUCCAUUUCAGAGUCAGAUUUUUCUUUUCUUUUCUUUUUUUUUUUUUGGUUCUCUAUGCAACCAGAAAAUGUGAGGAGCUGAAGAUGCGUGUUUUAAUGUUGUUUUCCCCCUUAUUUGGAUGUUUUUCAGAAGUUGUGCUGGAAUCAUUUUGGUCAUGUUACAUAAAGGAUUUGCAUACAA